CAACUACUCCACCAGGAUCCGCACCAGAUCCCGUCAGUGAUCACUCAUCAUUGUCUUCCUCAGUAUGAAUCAGCAGUAAACACAAUCUCUGAGCUGCAGGGGUUAAUUCUUCUACAGGAGCUCUCCGCCCUCUUAGGGGAAGAGACUUUUCCACAUUCAAUUCCUGCUCCUCAGUACUACAAUGGCGUCUGCUGACCUGAGGGCCGAGCUGGACUGCUCCAUCUGCCUGAGCCUCUAUACAGAUCCUGUAUCCCUGAGAUGUGGACACUUCUUCUGCCGCUUCUGUAUUGUGAGUGCGCUGGAUGCGCAGGAGGCAGCUGGAGUGUAUUCCUGUCCUGACUGCAGAGCAGAAUAUCUGAAGCGACCGGCCCUGGAGAAGAACAGGAAGCUGGAGAACAUAGUGGAGCGUUUCUUAUCUGCUCAGCCUGAUAUGGAGGAGACCGGGAUCUUCUGUACUUACUGUACUAAGUCUCCUGUACCAGCUGUGAGGACAUGUCUGCAGUGUGAGGCCUCGUUUUGUGGAGAACACUUGAGUAGACACAGUAAGUCAUCAGAACAUACUUUGGUUGAACCCACUGCUACCCCGAAGGAAAGAAAAUGCUCCACACACAAGGAGGUGCUGAAAUACUAUUGUCCUAUAGACGUCGCCUGUGUCUGUGUGUCCUGUUGGGUGGCCGGAGACCACAAGGGACAUGAUGUGGAGCUACUGGACGUGGCCUAUGAGAAGGAAAAAGAGAAACUGAGGAAAUAUCUGGAGGAACUAAACCCACAAAAAGCAAAAAUUCUGAGGAAACUUCAGAAUCUGCAGGAUCGUCAGAGGAAUAUCCAGGAGAAAGCCUCUGAUAAGAGGAAGAAGGUCAGGAAGUUAUUUAUGGACAUUAAGGAGCAACUGGAAAUGGCAGAAAAGAAAGCGCUGAGCGAGAUCUCCAGGCAGGAGGAGAAGAUUGUGUCCCAGAUAUCUGAUCUGUUCAAGAAGCUGGAAAUAGAGGAGGACGAGCUGUCCAGGAAGAUGUGUCACGUGGAGGAGAUGUGUCAUGUCACCGACCCAAUAAGACUCCUACAAGAAAGUGACAUUACAGUAUGUGGUCAUGGAGAUGAUGAGGACACAGGGGGAGAUGGUGGAGAGGGCAGGUCUGAGGAUGAUCUGGAUGAGGUUCUGAUCUCACUGACCUUACACCGAUCUAUGAGGGAUAUUGUCACCAAUGUCACAUCAGAGCUCAGGCUCCAUGUUCCAGACAUAUUGCUGGAUGAGGACACUGCUCAUAGACGUGUGAAGAUAUCAGAAGAUCUGAAAACAGCAACAAGAACAGAAGAAGAACAGAACAGACCAGAAUCACCGGGAAGGUUCCUGGAUUGGGAUCAGGUGUUAAGCAGAUGUGGCCUCUCCUCAGGAAGACAUUACUGGGAGGUAGAGUGGAACCAGAAAGGAGGAUGUGACAUCGGACUGUCCUAUCCCAGUAUAGAAAGGAAAGGACGGCAGUCUAGUAUUGGAUGUAAUGAUAAAUCUUGGUGUUUGUAUAUGUAUGGUGCAGAAUGUGCAGUGUGUCACCGCUCAAUCAGAUCCCCCCUCAAUGUAGAUACAUGUCCUAAACUUGGCGUCUUCUUGGACUAUGAGGCCGGGCGUCUGUCCUUCUAUCGGCUGUGUGACCCCAUCAGACACUUACACACCUUCACCGCCUCCUUCUCUGAACCCCUACAUGUUCUCUUCUAUGUGCGCGAUGGAGCCUCUGUUAGAAUAAUAAGCUGAGGCCGAUGCGUCCACGUCCCGUUAUAAUCUCCGCCUAUAAGUCACUAUAUAGCGCUGUAUGGGCGGAGCCUCCGAUCACACAAUGUAUAUGGCGGCUCUAUUGGGGGGGGGGGGGGUUACUGUACGAUUAUUUUAUAUUCCUUGGAGAUCAGAUCCAGAAUCGAUGCUUGAGACAAAUUAAAAGUUACGUCGUCUGCACACAAGUUCGUAUUCGCACCAAUACCUGCAAUGUGUGAUUACGGUUUUUGGUGCGGAUAAGAUGCGGUUUUCCACUGAAAAGGGUGAAAUCCGCAGCUAAAACCACAAACAUAACUGACAGGCCGCAGAUCUGGGAAUCCGCACGGAAAUAAUCGGCGAAAUCUCAUACACU